AUAGAGGUAGAAGCACUUUCCCGAAGCAGAAAAGAAGGGCAAGCGAAGAUGACCUAAUCCCGCCCCGCGCGCCCAGAGUCUGGCGCGGGUUCAGCGAUCUUCCUUCGGGUUGCAUGCUUGGCUCCACUUCACAUGUGCCGCUGCCACCCAGCUACCACUCCAUCAACCACUCUGGAUUCCCCCCCCUACUCCUACAUCACAGUACAUGAGAGCCACUCAACAACAUGCGCAUCACGCCACGAGUCCGGGCCCUGCCUUCUGCCAUCGGCACGCAAUCUGCCGGCCUCAGACCCGCCCCGCCGGCCCUGCUGCCGCCCAUUCCCCUCUACCGCCGCAUCCUGCGCGGCCACCGCAAGCACCUCCCGACCGAGAUGCGCGUGCUGGGCGACGAGUACGUCAAGAGCGAAUUCCGCGCCCAUCGCAAUGUGGAGAAUCCGGUGCACAUCAUCGGCUUCUUGACUGAAUGGCAGUCGUAUGCGCAGCAAGUGGAGGGCGCGAGCUGGAGGGGCGAGAAGAUGGAUCGGGGGAAGAUUGACAAGAUGAGCGACGAACAGCUCGCACAGCUCUACGAACUGAUGCGCGCGAUCCGCGAGAAGGAAUUGGCAGAGAACGAUCCAGAAUACAGCCCGCCGACGCCCGAGCGCGGAUGAGCCGAGUUCUUGCGCCCACGUGGAAGGCCGUCUCGUGGUCGGAAUCCUGCAUCCAGAAUUUGCAGUGGCUAGACAUGCACGACAUGCAUGGCCUCGCUAAGGGAAAGCCGCCCACGGCCAUCGCCUUCUCCGAAUCGUUGAAGGAUUGAGUCCAGCCGCACUCCGCCUGCGAAUGCCGGAUUCGGUCUGUUGGAUGGACGCCUGCGUCACAUGAUUGACCUGGAAUAGUGAUCAUCGUUGGGGCCGGGAAGCCGUUACGGUGCUUUCGGUGAGUGGCGACAGGCGAGAGAUAUGUCUUACGUGAGACGACAAUGGGCGGAUGCGUGUCCUCCUUAAUGUACAUGUAGAGCUUAAAAGCGCGACAUUUUGCGCACUGAUGCCUGAGAGG